CAUUUUAUGUACCUAUACGUAUAAUAUUCUCGAUUCUUCCUAAUAUUGCACACAGUGUUCUUAUUCGCAAUGUGCGUUUUCACGUCGCAGUGGAAAGUAUGAAAGUAUCAACAACAAACUCGUAUAUAAUGUGCACUCGAGAUAUGAUACACACAUACGACAUGCACUGCUCUUAUCGUUCGUCACAAUCACCAAUCCAGCUCACUGCAUCCAAGUGAUCCAAGUUAACGUUCGAGCGUGUCGCACAACAUAAAGGCGGGACGUUGCGUGUAAAUAACAUCGAGAUACUUCUCGAGACAUUAGAAACGCAGGAGGAGCUGUCGGAUGAUAGAGCGAUAUCGUGGCGUGAUGGCCGAUAACGAUGUGCCACUUUCGCCCGUCAAAGGUGUUUCGAAAAUGGAUUCUCAUCGAUCAAGCAUAUAUACGCGUAGAUUCAUAUCGCUUGGAAAAACAAUUCCUGGACGGUUGAGCGAACGGCGAUGCAAUCGUAGGUCGGCAAAUUCACCAGCCAGCAGCAGCAGGUGCAACUUUCUUCCGACUGCCGGACGUAAGGGAGAAACGAAGGGAAUAAACGGUACUCAUAACUUUACGAUACUUUACUCCACCGUCACAAUAUUUAUCAACGCAUCCUCUCAAGCAUCAUCGUGAGUAGCAUGGGCUACCAACUUGCAUAAAAUAUCGUUGAAUAAAGACGUUGUUAAGCUCUUAUUGGAUACUGAACCAGUCUCUCAAUUUAAUGCUUCACCCAAACAUUCAAGAA